CUCGAGUUUUAUUGUUAGUAGGCUCAUCAUCAUUCAUUUGUCACUUGUCUUACCUUUCCACUCAUUUUUAACAACUAAAAUGGCACACUUUGUGCUAGUCCAUGGUGCUAGUCAUGGAGGGUGGUGUUGGUACAAAGUCCGAUGCUUACUCGAAAGCAUCGGACAUAAGGUUAGCUGCCCGGACCUAACUAGCUCCGGGAUUGAUCCCUCGGAUGCUAAUACUAUCUUUACCUUUGAAGAGUAUAACAAACCACUUCAUGAUAUGAUAGCCAACCUACCACAAGGUGAAAAGGUAAUUUUGGUGGGACACAGUAUUGGAGGAAACAAUAUAACAGAGGUUCUCCAAAGCUUUCCUCAUAAAAUCCAAUCUGCGGUAUAUGUUGCGGCUGCAAUGCUUCCUAAUGGAAUCCGGACUGACACACACAGGAAAUCCGUGAUGCCUUACAUGCCUGGGGCAGAUGUAUUUGACUAUAUUUUUGGUGAAGGACCAGGCAAACCUCCUACUAGUGGCAUUUACAAGAAAGAAGUUCGGCGUCCGUUAUUGUACUCAAUGUGUCCUUUAGAGGAUUACACACUAGCAGGAAUGCUUCUAAGACAAAGUCCGGUUAGAGCUAUCGCUGACGCCGGAUUUCCCGACGGCGAGGGCUCCGAUAAGGUGCCACGUGUUUACAUCAGGACGUUGCAUGACAAUCUCCUUUCACCUGAGCAACAUGAAAAUUUGAUCAAUAACUGGCCACCGUCCGAAGUUUAUGACAUUGAUAGUGAUCAUUCACCCAUGCUUUCCAACCCUACUCAAUUAUUUGGGUUACUUGUUAAGGUUGCUACUAAAUGGUAUUAGAUGAUAUAAGACGUGUUUAUCCAAUGCAUAAUAAAGGGGAGAUGUCGUCGAUCUUUUUCAUCAGUCUUGUAUUAACACUUUCUUUCUAUGUCACGUCAGCUUUCUAAUAUCGAACUUAUACUACUAUGUAAUAAUUUAAGAUUUUAUUAAACUCGACCAAAUCUAUAUCUCCAUCCUUCAUAA